CUUGAACUUGAUGCAACUGGCGACAUAUUCCCACGAUCCUUUCGCCGAAACAGAAACACGGACACAUUCGCGACAAUGACUACCGCUAUCCCGUCGUCGGCAUUUGCGACCAGCACAUCUUCCUUCCGCGCGUCGCAAUCGCAAAUGGCAACGCCCAUGUCGUACGCGGACAACCCUCUCACACAACUGCCUGCAGUUGACUUCAACCUCGAGGAUCUGCGAAAGCGAAUGGCCGACUUCACAAUCAAGUUCGACGCAUUUAUCGAACGAGGAAGAAAGAGGGUGCUAGAAGAGAGGAAUGAGUUUCGGGCGCGUCUUGGGGAGUUGAACGAGGAGCAGCGGUCAUCAAGCACCCAGAUCAUAACCCUACAAUCCACCCUAUCAACACAUAGCCAAGUCCUCGCCCGCGAACAGGCAGAGAAGAAUGAGAUGAACGCGCAGAUCUCCAAGCUGGAGUCUCACCAGGCAGCUCAAUCUGCCCAGCGAGACCGUCUCAAAUCUGCAAUUGCGCAAACGCAGCGACAGAUUGACGCCAAGUUACAAGCCCAAAGGGAAUACGCAGCCAAGAUGGAGGGACAGAGCCGACUGAACGGACCGGAACUAAGUUUCUGGGAGACGUAUCUGGGCUGUCGAAUCGAAGGCAGCGGGGACGAGAAUAAGGUCAGGAUCGUUUUCGUGUUUCCGCCCUCGAAAGGCAGUGGCAACGGCGGCGAGGAAAGGGAAGGCCUGUUUGAAUUGCUGGUGCCGGAUACUGGACGCGGGAGAUACGACGUGGUAUACACGAAGCCCAGGUUAGAGGCCACAAAAGUCGCAAAGGUGGUGGACCGGUUGAAUGCGACGAGGGAGAUCGGGACUCUCCUCAAGGGGAUGAGAGGGUUGUUUGGGGAAGCACUGAAAUAACAUCCUCGUGUUGCAUUGAAGGGUUACGAUGGGCGUGUAUGGAUCUAUACUCAGCGAAUGCAUGACUUCCCUCUUGA